AUGGCCCAGGCGGCUGUCGAGGACCUCGACGGUGGAGACGAGGACCUCUGGGAGGCGCCGGAGGCCGUCGUGCCCGCGCCCGUGGAGGACGGGCCCGUGCCGAUCGUCCCGCUGGCGGUAGCCCAGGGCAAAUGCUACUGCAGCACGGGCUACACAGCGGGCGGCCUCGAGCAGUGCCGGUUCGCGUGGCGGGCGCUGCGUGUCACCAGCGCGGAGCCGCCGCAGCGCUUCGUGAAGGCCGAGUUCCUCUUCAGCGACGACGGCUACUGGGACUGGUGGGCCAGCCACCCUGGGCAGCCGAGCGCGGUGACGGAGCGCCCGCUCAUCCACGUGUGCUCGGAGAACCCGUGCUCCGUCGUGGAGGGGCCGGGGGCGUGCACCGAGCUGAUCCACGUGGCGGACGGGGCAGAGCUCGGCCUCACGGACCUGCGGGCGCUGUUCGUCGAGCCCGCUGCGGUGGCCAAAGCGGCGGGGCGCCCACCAGCCGCAGCAGGUCCUCUCAGGGCCCCGCCUGGCGCUGCCCCCUUCGACUUCCUGAGCGUAGGAGGCUCGUCGCGCGGCCCCGGCUCGGAGCUGGCCGCAGACGAGGAGGCAGCUGCCGCGGGCGGCCUGGGAGGCAAGCUCGCAGGGGCUCGUGUGCGCUUCGAGCAGGGGAAGCGGGCUGCUGGAGACGUCAACCUGGACGGCUCCCCCCUCGGCGCAGAGGCGGCUGGCGAGGGGCCUGUGAAGAGGCGGUCGCUCGGGGACCUGCUGGUCGAGCGCGCCGCGAAGCUCAAGAGGGCCGCCUCGGACGCGGCCCCCCGAGGGUCGGGGGGCCCUGCGCCCGAGCGGGCGCCGCCAGGAGCUGGCCUGAGCGGCGGCAUGCGGGAGCUGGCGCAGGCGCUCGUGAUGGCCAUCCGCGAGGGCAAGGAGGCUCUCCCUGGCGACAUCGGCGGGGACGGCCUCGGCUCCUCGGACCCCGCGGCGGUGCCGCGCGACCUGGCCACGAAGAGGGCCUUCUGUCGUCGGAUGGCCGCCGCCUCCCCGGGCCGCCUCACGGAGCUGAGCCUGCAGCAGAUGGCGGACUUCCUGGGCUCGCAGGAGGGGGAGGCGGCCGUCGACGCGACGGGCCCGAUCGCCCUUCGGUACCUCCUCACGAUCUACCUGCCGCAGCAUCCGGUGAAGGAGAUCGGCGUGCAGACGUACCGCGAGCCCCGCACCCUCGCGGAGGCGGUGGACCUGCUGAUGCAGGGGAAGGCGGCCCACGCCUGCGACCUGAUCGUCCAGCGCCUGAAGGCGCUGCAGGUGGCAACGACGGACGGCUCGUGGGCGGCGGCGAAGUGGUUGGAGCUGAUCCCGCCGCGCGACGAGCCCACGGCCAUCCGCAGCGAGGAGGAGGAGCUCAUCCGCAGCAUCCAGCUCGGCGAGAUGAAGCUGGACGAGCUCUCCGCGCGGCUGGCCUCCGCCAAGACGCCGGGCGGGCCUCCCCCGCGGGCCGAGGGGUCGGCGGCCCCACCGCCGUGGAAGAUGUCCUUCGCGGAGAUGCGGAAGAAGUUCCCGAAGCAGCCGGGGGAGACGAACACCCAGCACCGCCUGCGAGGCGUCGCGGAGCCCCCGCUGGCCACCGCGCUGCAGUGCUGGUCCGACGAGCUCUCCUUCGGCUUCGGCAAGAGCAUCGUCGCGGUCGACCUGGCGGCGCGGCUGGUGGCAGCAGUGCGACGCCACCCAGGCAGCCUUGGCAACUUCGCUCGGUCGUUCAGCAUGCGUGCGGACACAUUUUGUGGGAGCGGAGGGUCGUCGAACAGGAGGGUUCGGGACGCCCUGCCGCUUCCCCUUCCGUCGACCGAGGAGGUGGACCGCUGGCUGGCCCACAGUGCCUUGCCCAAGGCACGCAGGUGCCGCCGCCGCGCCGUGGCGCGGGAGGUCAGCGAGCAGGCGUGGCUGUACCUCAGCGUGGUGGCGCUCAACUACGCGUUCUGCGGCCGCGCGCAGGAAGGCUGGCGCCACAGGCCGACCCUGUCGAAGGCGCAGACGCAGGUCUACGUGCACUUGAAGAGCCGAGCGGCGGCCCUGGCGGAGGACCCGCUGGCCAUGGUCGUGGUUCCUGCGAUCGACGAGCUGGCGGGCGGCUGCGGGUCAGCGUACGAGGGCGAGUCGGGCGUGAAGGCCCUCCCCUGCCGGCUCUGCGAGCUGGCCCCUGGCCUGCCCGCGCGGGAGUGCGCUGCCACGCUCGACGCGAUCGACUUCGUGGACGACGAGGUCGGCGCCUGGCUGCGCCGCCCCGAGCUGGCGCUCCUCGACCAGUCCGACUGGCCCGACCCGCUGCCGCGGGCCCGCGUGAACGUGGAGACGGAGGCGGACUGGGAGGAGCUGGCGCUGCACCUCGUGUCGCUCGGCAUCUUCACCACGCUCGCGGAGAGCGAGCUGGUCCGCGCGAGGGGCGAGCCCGUGCUGAACGGCCUGUUCGCGGUGGAGAAGAAGGGCACUCCAGCGCCUGGCGCCACGCGGGUCACCAGGCUCAUCCUCAACAUGGUGCCAGGCAACUCGCUCCUGAAGGCCCACGUGGGCGAGGCGGCGCUGCUUGCGGCCUCGACGUCGUGGACGUCGGUCGUGAUCCCCGAGGGGAAGCUGCUGCUGUGGUCGGGCGACGACCAGAAGGGGGCCUUCUUCGUGUGGCGGGUCCCGCCCGCGUGGCACCCCUACAUGGCCGUGGGGCGGCCGCUCGCGGGCAAGCUGUUUGGCCGCUCGGAGCCCGUCGUCUACGUGACCUCGGCUGUCAUCGCCAUGGGCUGGUCGCUCGCGGUGCCCGUCUUCCAGCACAUCCACCGACGGCUGUGCCGCCUGGCGCCGCCCCUCGGGGCGGGGCUUCCCCCAGACGGGGAGUGGCGCAAGGAUUGCGCGCGGCCCCUGGUCGAGGCGGGCAGCGGCCAGGACGCUGGCUGGUGGCAGGUCUACGUCGACGACUUCGAUGCGCCGGAGAUCGUCGAGGAGGUUCUGGCCCGCGAGGUCGUGGGGACCCCGAGCGACCUCCAGCUGCGGGUCCGCGCCAGCUACGAGAGGGCGAGCGUCUCCUUCUCGGCCGAGAAGGCGCACUGCAGGCAGCUGAGGGUCGAGCGCAUGGGCGCGGACGUCGACGGCGUCAGCGGGCGCCUCGCGGUCCCCGCCUCCAAGGCGCUGGCCACUGCGGGCCUCUGCUUGGCCGCGGUGCAGCGGCGCCUGGUCCCGUGGCGCGUUGCCAUGGCGGUCCUCGGCAAGCUCGUGAGGGCCUUCGAGUUCAGGCGGCCGCUCUUCGGGGUCCUGAACUCCGUCUGGACGCUGGCUGCGUCCUCAGCGCAGGGGGCUUUCCUGGACGCGGAGAUGGUGGAGGAGCUCCUGAUGGGCGUGAUGGUCCUGCCGCUGGCCGCCUCCUCGCUGCGGGCGCGCAUCGACGGCAUGGCCACGUCCUCGGACGCGUCGGAGAUGGGCGGCGGCGUGUGCACGUCAGCCGGCCUGCGCGAGGAUGUCGCCGCCGCCUUGCAGGUGCCGAGGACGGUCCCCGACCAGCUGGGGAUAGGGGCCAGGCUCCUCAACAUGCCCGAGGACCCCGCCCGACCGUGGGCGGCAGCCAACCCACGCGUCCCCGCCAGGGCAGUCCGCAGGGUGUUGUCGGUGCUGCUCAUCGGCUUGUUCGACGGCAUCGGAGGCCUCGCCGUCGCCUUCUCGAGGCUGCCCGUCCGCAUCGCGGCCUACGUCGCGGCCGAGACGGACGCCAAGGCGAGGCGCGUUGUCAGGCUCCGCUGGCCAGGUGUCAUCGACUGGGGCGACGUCACCUGCGUGGGCAGCGAGACGGUGCGGGACCUGUUCGAGGCGUUCGGCGGCCUCGUCGACCUGGUGGUGGUCGCUGCGGGCAGCCCCCGCCAGGACCUGUCACGCCUCAACGUCGGCGGGCGCGGCCUCAGCGGCAGGAAGUCCUCGCUGUUCCACGAGGUGCCGCGUGUCCUGGCUCUCCUCGCCGCCGUCUUCAGGGACAGGCUCGUUUGGUUCGUGGAGAACGUGGCCAGCAUGUCCGACGUCAACGUGGAGCUGAUCUCGGAGGCGCUGCAGGUGAGGCCGACGCUGGUGUGCUCGUCGGUGUUCGUGCCGUGCCGCAGGCCGCGCCUGUUCUGGACGAGCUGGGGCGUCACCGCAUCGGCGCCUCUUCGGCUGGCCGACCGCGGGGUCUACGACGAGCUGGUGGGCCCUGGCGUCCCGCUCAUGGACCUCGCGUGGGAGGACGAGGGCUGCUCUUGGCCAGGGAGGCCGAGGUGCUUCCCCACGCUCGUCUGCUGCAGGCCCCAGCCCUCCUUUCUCUCAGCCCCGCGUGGCUUCGCGGCUGCAUCGGAGGCGGCCCGUCAAAGGUGGGCUGCGGACGGGCACAGGUAUCAUGUGGCCUUGUACGAGGACAAAAACAUGAUCUGCACCUCCUCGUUCCCUUUCCUGCGCCUCCCCACCAGCGAGGAGAGGGAGCGGCUCCUUGGCUUCGAUGUGGGGUACACCUCCUUAGCCACCAAGGGCUCGAACCCUCAGGACGCCUCCGACGCCGGGGCCUUCCUCCUCGGCAACAGCUUCAGUAUUCACGUCGUGGCAUGGUUGUGCCAGCAGCUCCUGCACCGCCGCGGCGCGCUGAACAGGGAGCUGUCGAUAGAAGAGGUGCCCCCCGUCCGCGAGUGCUGGGCGACGUGGGACCAGGCGGGGGCCUUCGUCACGGAGCCAGGGGAGCCGGACACCGCGGAGGCGAGGCAGCUGGUCCUGCACUACCUCAGCCGCGCGGAGAAGGGCGGGUCGGACGUCAGGCUGGACUACGGCGUCCCCUACCGCCCGCGGGGUUGGCCGAGGACGAGCCUGGACCCGUUCGUGUGGAAGUGGCGCGUGGUGGUCAGCAUGGCGUGGCCCGGCCGGAGCUCCACCCACAUAAACGUGAGAGAGUUGCAGGCGGCCACGUCGGCGAUCAGGUGGCGCGCCCGCAAGGUCGCGCAGCACGGGAGCAGGUUCUUGCACCUCGUCGACAGCCAGGUGGUCGCGGCCAUCGUGACGAAGGGCCGCAGCAGCAGCAGGAAGCUCCAGCCCAUCCUGAAGCGCUGGAUGGCCGUCGUCGUGGCGGCCGACAUGUACCCACUGAUCGGCUACGUGGUCUCGGAGGACAGCCCUGCGGACGAGCCGUCGAGGCCCGCGCCCGUGAGGCGCCGCGGGACGCGCUGCCAGACUCUCUCUUCCCUGAGGGUGUCGGCGGAGACGCGGCGGCGCUACGGGCGGGCCCUGCGGGCCCUGCUGGCCCACUUCGGAGCCGAGCAGGCGGGGGCGGACGCCUUGCGCGGCGACCCCGAGGACGCCGACGCUCUCGUCGCGGAGUACCUCGAGGGCCUGUGGGCCUCUGGUGCGGGCAUCGCGGCCGCCAACAACACGCUGGCGGGGGUGUGCUUCGCGGCGCCUCGGCUGAGGCGACACCUUGACCUGAGCUGGACUCUCCUCAGGGCAUGGAGGCAUCAUGAGCCAGCGUCCAGGGUGCUGCCACUCACGACCGAGGCCGUCGCGGCCAUGGCGGGGUUCGCGUGCGUUGCAGGCGCUUUCGACGUGGCCGCCCUCCUUCUCGUCGCCUUCGAGGGCAUGCUCCGAGGCGCGGAGGUGUUUGCCCUGACGGUGGGCGACAUCGUCGACCGCGGCGAGCUGUUCGCGGUCCGGAUCAGCUCGUCCAAGACCACGGCUGGCAAGGACUGCGCGGAGGCAGUCGUCAUCCGCAGCAGGAUGGCCGUGGCGCUCCUGCGGAUUGCGGUCCGCGGCCUUGGUGCAGGCGCGCGGCUCUCAUGGAGGACGCCGUCCCAGCUGCGCGGUGCCCUCGGCGCCUUGGCGAGGGGCCUGGGCCUGGCGGGGCCCAUCACGUGGCACAGCGUCCGGCGCGGCGGGGCGAGCGCCUUCUUCGUCAGGAGCGGCUCCAUGGAGGCGACCCUCGUGGCGGGCCGGUGGGCCUCCUCUGCCACCGCGCGCCUGCACAUCGAGGGCGCGGUGGCCGACUCAGUGCGCGCCCAGCCCGGGAGCGAGGCAGCCCGCGCCGUUGCGCGAGGCCGCAUGGCGGACGGCGAGGGCGCCUCGGCGGCGGCCGUGGGCGAGGGCCGCACCGUGCGGGCAGGUGACUUCAUCCAGGUCACGUGCUACGACGACGCCGACGCCGUGCAGGGCGAGGCCGUGUUUCGGAUCGCCAGCCUGUACGAGGCGAGCGAGCACGGCCAGUUCGCACGCGCUGAGUUCCUGUUCUGCACUGAUCAGUAUUUGCAGUGGUACGAGGAGAAUGCGGGAUCCCCUGGAGCCAGGAAGUUAAAGCGUGUUCUCCAUUUUUGUCCAGAGGAUGAGACGGCCAUCCUAUGCGCUGCGGAGGCGGGCCCUGGCGUGGAGGUAACGCACGUCGACGAGUUCGUGGUCCUUGAGUCGGUAGAGGAGGCGUACCUCCAGUUCCGGCGACGCAAUCCUGCUGCGCGCUGGCCUGCCGAGCUGGGGCCCGAGCCGCUGGAGGAGGAGCUGGGGGAUCCCGUGGACGAGGAGCUGGUGCCCGCCGAGCUGGACGAGUUCGGGCUCGCCGCCAAGGUCGUCGACUCCGUGGGUGAGCUCGAGGCCGUUCGCGAGGCGGAGGGGCCUGGCGCCGCCGCGGGCCCUCCUGGGCGUGCCGCCUUCAAGGCGCGCGGUCGGCCGCCCGCUCGGGCUCGGCCACCUGCCGCGGCCGCGUCGGAGCCCGCGGGGCUGCCUGGCGGGAGCGUUCGCCCCCGCGGCACCGCCGGCGGGGAGACCCCGCUCGAGGCCGCCGCCGCCGCCGCUGCGAAGGAGCCUGCAGGGCGCCGCCCUGACGAGGAGAUGCAGGCGCUCCUCCGCAAGAGGCUGGGCGACUUGAAGGGUCGUCUGGGCGCCGAGGGCGACGCUGCCGCCGAGCCUCGAGGUGCCGCUACUGAGGGGGCCCCGCUCAAGAGGAAGUCCCUGGAUGAGAUCCUGGCUGAGAGGGCGGCGAAGGCUCCCAGGCGUGGGCCCGCGGACGGGGGCGCAGCUGGCAGCGGAGGCCUGGCGGGCGCUGGGCCCGAGCGUGAGGGCGGCGGGUCUACCGCUCACCUCCUUCGCUCGCUGCUGGGCGCGCUCACCCCUGCCGAGGGCAUCGAGGGCUUCGGCAUCACCGACGGCUUGGAGUUCACGCCUGGGAAGUCGUCGGCUGCCUCACGAGCGUUCUUCAGGAGGACUGCUCGCGACACUCCAGGGAAGCUGCUGACGGCCCAUUUGUCGCACCUCAAUCAGUUUCUCAGCACAAAGGGCAUGCACGAUGCCGAGGAGGAGCUCCCUCCGAUAGUUAACAAGUUCCUGCUGAACAUCUUCUUGGCCUCGCACCCUGUUUCAGCAAUCGGCGAGGACAUGUUCAGGCAGAUGCUCACUCUGUCCGAGUCCCUGGACCUCUUGAUCCAAGGGAAGCUCCCGGAGGCCAUGGACAUGCUCAUGCAGAGGUUCAAAGCCUGCCAGCUCGCCUGCAAGGAUAAGCAUUGGAGGAGCGCGCGCUGGCUGGAGCUCAUCCCUCCCGAUGCCGACAUGGCUGCCAUCAAUAUCGAGGAGGAGGAGCUUCUGAGGAAGAUCGAGUACGGCGAAUUGAAGCUCGCCGAGCUCGCGGGGAAGCUCAAGACUUUCAAGGAAUUGAAGCUGCAGAACCCCAAGAAGGACGGCGAGACGCAGGGCAAGUACCGGCAGCGCCUGGCGCUGCUCAUGCGGGGCGACGGCCCCAAGAGGCAGGCGCCGCCAGUGCAGGGCGGUGCUCGCAAGGUCAUCCUGGAGGGCGAGGGCUCGCAGAACCAGGUUAUGCUCACGAACUACCAGUAUGCGGGCACGUGCGGGGAGGAGGCGUGGGGCCACCACUCGCACUACUCCGCCGCUCAGGCCAACGCCGUCGAGGUCAUGAGGGAGGCUGUCUCGUAUUUCCUCAGGGGCGACCUUGGCAGGGUUCAGCUGCCCCUCCUUAGUGAGAUCUCGACGCGGGCGUCCAGCGCUUACGACAUCGACAGUGGCACGCGUGCGCUGCCCCUUAGGCUGGGAGAACUACGACCUGGCCUACCAGCAGCUGAUGUCGCUGGCCGGCUGGACCCUCGUGCUCAUGUCAGCCCUGAGGUGCUCACCUGGUUGGACGACCCGUCGGUGGCCCUCCUGCCACGUGCCCAGUGGCCUUCUGAGGUUCCGAAGGCGAGGCUGCUGGUCGACUCGCCUGCGGAGUGGGCGAGGAUCGUUGGCCACUUGUACUCGCUCGGGAUCGUGGAGGCCAUAGAGGACGAGCAGAUCUUUCGGGCGGACGGCGUCCCCGUGCUCAACGGCGCCUUCGCAGUUGAGAAAAGGGGCGUGCCCGAGGCUGGUGAGCAGAGGCAGUGCCGCUUCAUCAUGAACAUGGUGCCAGCGAAUAGUUACCUGAAGAUCAUGACCCAGGACCUGUCGACGCUGACGGCCUCGACCUCUUGGGUUACGGUGGUGUUGGAGGGCCAGCGCGUCUUGCUCUGGUCGGGUGACGACCAGCAGGGCGCCUUCUUUGUCUGGAAGAUCCCGCGGGCCUGGCGCAGCUUCACGACGUUGAAGGGCCGCGUCCCCGGCCGCCUCGUGGGCCGCCCAGAUCUGAAGACGGUGCAUGUGUGCUCAGCCGUUAUACCGAUGGGCUGGCUGCUGGCCGUCACGUUAUUCCAACACCUUCAUAGACGCCUGGGCCUGCGCCCUCCCCCCGCUGGAGCGGGCCUGCCUGAGUUUGAUGAGUGGAGGAGGGACAGGCCGCUCCCCAUUGCUCAGGUGGGCGGUUGCAGGUCUUGGUACCAGUUCUUCAUCGACGACUUCGAUGCCCCCAGGAUCGUGAACGACACCGAGGGGGAGGUCGGCGUCGGCUCUGCUUACCAGAAGCGUCAGAGGGCUUCCUACCAGCGCAACGGCGUGGCCUGGGCCGAACGCAAGGCCCACCUCGGGGAGACGAAGGUCGAGAGGAUGGGCGUGCUCGUGGAUGGUCUGCGCGGGCGCGUCUCGGUACCUCUCAUGAAGCUCUUCGAGACCAUGCUCUUGGGGGCCCUGCUGGUGACCAAGGACUGGGUCUACUGGAAGACCAUGCUCGUGCUCCUGGGCAAGCUCGUCAGGGCUCUGGAGUUCAGGCGCGUCCUCUUUUGCAUCCUCAACGAGGUCUGGAAGUUCGCGGAUGGCACUCACUCUGGCUGGGUCAACUCGGAGAUGACCGAGGAGAUCCUCAGCGGCGUGGGCCUCCUCCCGCUUGCCUUCACGGACCUUCGCGCGGAGGUCGAUGCGAGGGUUACCUGCUCUGACGCCUCGGAGGAUGGUGGAGGCGCCUGCACGUCACUGAGGCUGUGCCCCGAGGCCCUCUCGAAGCUGACGGCUGCUGCCGCUGCAGACCAGGAGGGCAGGCAACACCUCAUGGCGGGCCGUCUGCUGCUGGGCGAGGCGUCGCUUUGGCGAGCGUGGGAGUCGAGGAACCCUGGUUUGCCGCCCCCUGCUGGUGAUAAGAUACCUGCUGUCCUGGUCAUAGGGCUGUUCGACGGCAUCGGGGGCAUGAUCGUCUCGCUCUCAAGGCUCCGCACAAAAAUCAUUGGCUACGUCUCGUCGGAGGUUGACCCCAGCGCGCGCAGGGUCGUCAGGAAGAGGUGGCCCGGCCACAUCGACUGGGGGAACAUCAAAGACGUUGGGACUCAACACAUUGACAAGCUGGUCCAGCUCUUCGGCGGGAUCGUCGACGUGGUCUACUGUGGCGCCGGCAGUCCAUGCCAAGACCUGUCGAGGCUGAUGUUCGGCAGGAGGGGGCUCGAGGGCCAGAAGAGCGCUCUCUUUCGCGAGAUACCGCGAAUCCUGGGGCUGCUGAACGCCGCGUUCCCUGGGAAGGUCCGCUCCCUCAUCGAGAACGUCGCCUCCAUGCCAUUCGAGGACAUCGAGCGCAUCUCUAGCGAGCUCCAGGUCACACCCUAUCGGUUCUGCAGCAGUUGCCUGGUCCCCAACAGAAGGCCGCGGUUGUACUGGCUCUCGUGGCGUUUGCUGCCGUGCAAGGGCUAUAGCUACAAGGACAGGGGGCACUUCGUCGAUGUCAUCUCCGACGGCGCGGCGCGCGUGGAGCUGCCCUGGACCUCCCCUGGCUGGAUCUGGAAUGGUGGCCCGCUGCCUGUGCCGACGCUAGUCUGUGCUAGGCCCUCUUUGUUACAGCCUACUCGACCUGCUGGAAUUGCUCGGGCCAGCCCCGAAGCGAAGGCUCGUUGGAAAAAGGACGAUCAUCGCUACCACGUCGGCCUUUACGAGAACGCCUGCCUACUCCAGCAUGAGGCCACCAUGGAGCUCCGCCCCCCGUCGGCAGAAGAGAGAGAGGUCCUCUUGGGGUUCGAUCGAGGAUACACCGAGUGUGCCGUAAAAGACGGGUCUAGCUCGAGCCUCGAGACCACGCGCUGCUUCCUGCUUGGGAAUAGCUUCUCAGUCUAUGCGGUCUCAUGGCUGCUGCAGCACUCCCUGGUCGCCGACGAGUUCCAGCCACAGCUGUGGGAGCCCCAUGCCCUGUGCCACACGGGCAAGUGCAGGGCCCCGUGGAACGACAGCGCGGUCUACCACCAGGGCGACGACUACCAGUACGAGCCCGAGGCGGAGCAGCUCGUGCGGCACUACCUGUCUAUCGCGGAGAGAGGGGGCACGGACGUGCGCUUGGACGUGCACCUCCCGUUCCGGCACCGCGCGUGGCCGCGCGUGUCGCUCGAGCCCAGCGUCUGGACGUGGAAGGUGAUCUCAAGUUACCGGUGGCGUGCUGGGAUCGGGAAGCACAUCAACGCCCUCGAGAUCCAGGCGGCCGUGAACACCAUCAAGUGGAGGCUGCGGUCGGGCACGGGCCGCCCCAGGCGCAUGCUACACCUGAUCGACAGCCAAGUCGCCGCUUCGGUGCUGACAAAGGGCCGCAGCAGCAGCAGGGUCCUGCGGAUGCACGUCAAGCGCUGGGGGGCCUUGUGCUGGGCGACAGGCUGCUACGUCAUGCUUGGCUACAUCGCGUCGGAGGACAACCCCGCCGACGCGCUCCAGCGGUUGCGAGGCUCCCAGAGGCUCUCUGAUCUCAGGGUCAGCGCGGUCACGCUCAAGAGGUACCGUAUCGCCGUCGCGGAGUUCCUCGCCUUCGCCAUCGAGGGUGGCUUCCCGCUGAACAGCUCGGCCGAGGCAGACAGCGCGCUGGGCGCCUACGUCGAGGACCAGUGGGCGAACGAGGGCACGCUCAGCCAUGGGCGCUAUGCACUCGCCGGUUGCCUCUUCUUCGCCCCCGAGCUCCGCACGGCCCUGCCCUUUGCGUGGUCCCUGGUCAAGACGUGGCAGAAGCUGGCGCCCAUCAAUCGCGCCUAUCCGGCCAGCCCCGAGAUGGCGCUCGGGCUUGCAGGCGCUGCCGUCUCGGUUGGCCAGCCUCUGUUGGCUGCCCUGGUCCUCGUCACGUUUGAUGCGAUGCUUCGGACCAAGGAGCUGCGUGAUCUUACAUAUGAUGAUAUCACGUUCGCCGAGGGCGGCGUCAUACUGCGCCUGCCGGAGACGAAGAUGGGCGUCAGGACCGGCAAAGUGCAGUUCGUCGUGGUGCGAACGCCCGCCGCAGUCAACUUGCUGCGGGCUGCUGCGGAGCGCGCCCAGCCGACGGACCAUCUGUGCCCGUGCACGUACGUGCAGCUCCAGCGGCUCCUGAAGUCGCUCCUCGCUGUCGCCUCGAUCCCGCCUGCGCGCUGGUCCUGGUACAGCUUCAG